AUGGAUAGAAUCAAGAAGUACUUCGUUAGGCCCUGGAAUUCCGCUGCCAUGCUUAGCAAUGAUCCCGUUCCACGUUUCGCUUGGGAACACCUUCUCAUGAUGUACAGCACAUUAUGCUACGCGUUUGUGUUCGCUUUAUUUGGAGGUUUUUCCCAUGUAUUUUUCAACAAUGGUGGAUGGAUUACAGCCGUUGGAUUCAUCGGAACCUCAUUGUGGAUAUCCAAAAUCAAGCCUUGGAGGGAGAUUCCUAGGGUCAUUUUGUUAAUGGUAGCUGCGUAUUUUUCCGGGGUUACUCUUGGUCCUCUGAUUAACUUGUUCAUUGAGAUGGAUCAGAGAAAUCGGCUUCAGAUGUGGUUUACUGUGCCCUUUCAUCUCGUCUGGAUCUCCCUUCUGUGCUACUUUUUCGACUACCCUCUUUCUGAUCUCGUGUUCGUGUACCUAUUAGUUUUGUCGCUUAUCAUUCAUAUGAAGAUGCAUAGUCAACAUGCCAUUUUCCUAGCAGCUCGUCAUAACGAAGAAAGUUACUAUGUCAGCACAACCAUCGCCUUCUUUACUGACUUCCCGGCUCGUACUAUCGGUUUCUUCACGCACUAUGGUACAAACUAA